CCUUGAGUGUUUCCGGGCAUGCACCGGCUCUUAGGAGGACACAGAUGUAAUCGUAGCAGAUGGGAGAGGCAGCCGCACAAUGAAGAGCAAAGCGAGCGAAAGAGCAAGAGCGGGGGUUGGUUGCUACCUAAUUUCAGCUCACAAACCAAGAAGAGCAGCCAAUUUUCGUUAGUAGUUCCGCGAACCUCUAAGCGCAACCGGACAGACCACCUCCUUUUUUAGAUUACCAUAGCAACUGCGCCUCACCGCCACCGGAAGUAAGAGGCAGAGCACCUUCCAAACGCUCCGACCAGAGAUCUGUGGAUCAUUGACGGAGAGAGAGCAGUCAUGGCAUUGUAACUUAUCUGUUACUAGGCUGAGCUAAAAGAUCCCUGAAACUGGAUGAUCAGAUUGAAGAAAAUGAACAAGAAAACCAAGUAGCUUGAGCUCACCUGUAAGACAGGAGUCCACAGUGAAAGACAGUGAUGGAUUCAUGAUGUUGCUAUCUAAAAUUGAGAGAUCAUCAGAGAAAACCAUGGAGAUAAUGAAAAAUUUAAGUAGUAUACAGGCUUUGGAGGGCAACAGACAACUUGAAGAUCUCAUUGGUGUUUCCCUAGUAUCAUGCUCCUUAAAAAAAGAAGCGAGGAAAACCAAAGAACUAAUGACUAAAGUAAUAAAACAAAAGCUGUUUGAAAAGAAAAAUUCAAGAACUUCUCCCAAAGAUCAUCAUCUCGACAGCUUUGAAUUCCUUAAAACCAUUUUGAACUGAGUGCUACCUUCAAGUCUGACAACUGUGUUAACCUACCUGGAUACUAGUCGAGCCAUAAGAAUGCAGGCCAGCCUGAAGAAAAGAGCCAGUAAAAGACUGUCACGUUUGUAACCCUUCUUAAAAGACAGGUAGACAACAUGUUGAUUAUUCUAAAUAGGAAUAAAUAAAGGCAUCUACUGUGCGCUGUCUUUGU